GGGGCACAGAGGCACUAGAGGAGACAGGCAGCCUCCCCUGUAUCUUCAAAUCCAUCAUUGGCUAUGUUAGACAUCUUGUCUUCUAUUACAAAUUUUGAGAACCAAAGACUUAAAAUGGUCCUCUGGGUCAGAGCUGUGCAAUCCUUGAUCCUCAUCCACUGCCUCUGGAUGUCUGAAGCCCGGCAGCAUAGUUCUGUUAUCACUGUGCCAAAUGGAGGAGCGUGGGGCACCUGGGGUGAUGUGGUGCUAUGCCCUCAAGGAUAUGCGUAUGGUUUUUCUAUUAAGGUUCAAGAAUAUCAAGGUGCAUUUUUAUGGCAAGAUGAUACAUCUCUGAAUUCUAUUCGUCUCUAUUGCACAAAUGGCUCUGCAAUAGAAUCUAAAGCUGGGCCCCAGGGAACAUGGUCAGAUGUUGUAAAGUGUUCCAAAGGCUACCUGGUUGCCUUUUCUCUGCAAGUGGUUGGAGAUCAGGGAAUUGGUGAUGAUGUUGCAGCCAACAACAUCCAGUUCACCUGUGAGGAUGGAGCUACCGUGGUGACCAAGUCACAUGACUGGGGUACUUUUGGUCAAUGGAGCCAGCGUUGCCCUGAGGGCUAUAUAUGUGGGUUACAGACAAAGGUGGAAGACAUGGCAGGAAGAAUUGAUGAGACGGCACUUAAUGAUGUGAAGAUGUUCUGCUGUAAAUGAGCAAUUGAUCUUUUAAUGUACUGAGACACAGCUAUCUGUGUUCCUUUGGAUUUUCUGACAUGAAUCCUAAGCAGAAUUAAAUCUUAAAUGAUAAAA